AUGGAUAGCUUCUCGUCGGAAAGCCGCUCUGCGGUGCAGGAAGCUUUCAAUACCUUGCGCCACACGAUUGGCAGGGAGCUUGAAAACGAGCUUAAGAAGAAGUUACAGAAAGACGCCGAAUCGCGCGAGUAUUUGAACGACGAGCUCGAGAUCCUGAGGUCUCGUUCUGCGGAGGCGGACCGUCUCGAAGAGGAUAAUCGGAGUUUGAGAGCUAAAUUCUUGCGUCUCAACCAACAAGGCCGAACCACCGAAUCGCCAAGGGCCACUCCUGCCCCGAAGCCUCCAACGUGCGAUAAUGCCACCAACACAGAUCCUGAAGCGACCGGUGUGACUGGAACAGAAGGCGACGACAGGGAGACUAUUCUCCGCGAAAGCCAGAAGGUUCUUAAGAAAUACAUCGCUCUGGAUAAGAACUUCAAGACCUUGAUGGCCAGUUACAAGAAGGAGAAGGACGACAAGAAAAAAUGGGAAGAAUAUGCGAAAAGCCUGGAGUCAAAGUUGAAAAGACUCGAGGGCCGGAGCGGAAAGUCGGCUGAAUCAACACAUUCUACAGAGUCCGCCCCUGAGCCUCCCAGGCCUCGUUCGACGGUAUCACCAGGCUUCACGGCAGGUCUUGGGGCAGAACUUCGCGAGACAGAUGAGCCUGCCGAAGGUCUAGGAGCUGCACGUAACGGGCCGAGAGCGAGUCUGGCCCCGCACAAAGAGACCCGCGCUCUUUCUGUCCCGGACUCGACCGAAGGAGACUCGACAGAGAGUGGUAAGGACGCUGAGAUGCCGACUCUCCCACCGUUGAAGCGAAACGUCGAAACGGCCGAUGUGCACAUCAAGGCCGAGUUGUCAUCCGAUGGCGUAGAAGUUGUUUCCGAACGCUACGUCGGCAAAAGAAAGCACGCUGGUGAUGCCACGGAUGGCAUAGGACGGCAGAGAAUCAAGAUCGAGAGCUCCGAUAUGUCGACUAGCCUGCCUCCCACGCAAAUACAAGAGAGCAUGGACUUGGACGAAAUCGGUCCCAGAGUCACCACGCCAAAGAGAAACAGGCACGUGGACGUCGGAAGAGCUAAGACCACCGAGCCGGUUUUCGUCAGGCCUGAUAACAUCAGCACGCCGGUCGUGAGACCCUCCAACAGCUCUACGGUGUUGACACCCGUCAAUCCUAAUGUGCGACCCGUGCGCCCGUACGAGAAGAUGACUGUCGAUAAGCCUCCUAAGAAAGGACUCGCCCAGGGCAUAGGAAGUCUGGCCGAGGAUGGUCUUCCCUACAGCACGUCUGGUCGUGGAGCGCCUUUUCGAACACCACAAGCCCCGCGUCGGCUUGAGACUCUCCUGAACAACCCAUCACCAGACAAGGCGCCGGCUAUAGUAAGGUCGGCGCCACGGCUCCGUGAUCCAAACCCGCUAGUUGCGGACGAACUUGCGUUCCCCGACCGGCGGCAGUUGCCAUUCAACAAAGACCGCCGGGACAAGUCCAAGGAGAGCUCUCUCAACCGAAGGGUUGACGACGGAGAGGAAGAAGAAGCAGGGGCUAGUCCAAUGCGCGGUUCGUCUAAGAGCCGAGCCGCCAUUGAGAAACCGCUGACACCUGCAAAGGCUCCUCUCCGGUCAAAACCCGUGUCCGCUCUGCGUCUGGACGAUUUCAAGGUCAAUCCAAAGUUCAACGACGGCUCUGACUACGCAUAUUCAGAAGUGGUGAGAGGUCAUGACAGGGCGGGACUGCCAGGCUGCACCGACAUGAACUGCUGUGGUCCAAAAUUCCGUGCCAUGGCUCUCGCUCAGAAGAAUAGCCCUGACCGUACUUCGGCAUCGGACAGCAAGCUGUUCGAAGAUUAUCUGGGAGACAGGAUCAGUUCAAUACUGGGAAUGUCGAAAGCUGAAAAAGAAGAGCUCUGGGUGAAGGCCAAGACAUGGCAGCUCGCCAAUGAACUGGGCAAGCAUCGCCACCGUUCCAGCCGUGGACGAUCACUGCAAACAUACAACUCCCAAGCCGGCAGGAUGAACAAUCGUCAUCUGCCGGCUGGGCAAGCCAUGCCGGGGGGUGGUGGGCCGGGAGCUGGCGUUGGUGAUAUGGGCGGGCCUGGAGGAGGCAACAGACGGAGGAUGCAGCAACAGCCGUAUGCGCAUUAUCAGCAGCAAUACCAGCAGAUGCCCAUGUAUCCUACCAGCUGGAACCCUUACGCUGCCGCCGCCCCGUACUAUCACCAGCUGCCGCAUCAGUACCAGAACGGUGGCAUGCCGUCUGGCUACAUGCACUACCCGCAACAGCAGCCGUAUGUCAGGUCACCACAGGCGAUGCCCCAGCCGCAGUAUGUUCCCAUGGCCGGCGUCAGCGUUCCCCAGCCGUACUCUCAACCUUCUCAGCCGUCACCUGCUUUGUCGAACCCUUAUCAGCCGCCUCCCGUUCCUGCCGCGUUGCAUGUUCAGUCGCCCCCGCCUCCUCAACCUCAGCCUGUUCACCAAACUCCAGCAGAGCCCUCCGUCAUGACGCCAGUUGCCGAACCUUUCCAGCCCUCGGCCGAACCCUUCCAGCCCGCGGCUGAGCCGUUCGAGCCUGUUGCUGAGGCGCAACCCUCGACACCUGCUCCCGAGACUCCUCUGACCCCUCAGAGCCAAGAGCUUCCGUUCAAACCCUUCCGGGCUCCUCUGCCUUGGACGCCGCCCACGCAAGGUCCUUUCCCCAAGAGGACUGCAAAGUCAAGACGCCGGAGAAGACUUUUGAGUUCAAAUGCGAUUGACAUCACGUUACCUGUGCUGGUUACUGCUGAUAAAGCUGAAACCGAUGUCGAGAAGACUGGCGCAAAGAACGCGGACAACGAAACGGAAGACACCUCGGCGAAGCCUGCUCCCAGUGACAGAUCCGCGACCAGCGUCUCAAACGAAAGCAGUCCCAAGGCCGAGGCCCCAAAAGAGAGCGCGAGACCCACGACCAGCAGUUCCAACACUUCUCGGCCUGCCGUGCCCGUCGUUCCCGUUGUCCCUGUCAUUCCCAAGAGCAGCCCUAAGGAAGCAAAGCCCGCCAGCAUCAGCAAGCCAGAGGAGGUGAAGGAACCCACUACCGAGGAAAAGCCCGCCGACGUCUCCGAGACAGCGGAUGCGGCUGGUACAGAGCCAAAGGUUGAGGCACAGCCUGCGGCCCCCGUCAAGGUGGCACCUAAGACCUGGAGCGGACUUUUCUCAGCUGCAGCUGCCGCUGCCAACAAAGCUCAGCCUAAUGCCAACGGUCCUACGACUGCGGCGCCAGCUAACGGUGCGAUUGCAAAUGGGGCUGGGGCGGUAAACGGUGGCGCCUCUAACUUCCCCACGAAUGCGAACUCUUUGGCUGCUGCCAUCCAGGACUUCCGCGUCGGUAGCCUCUCCAAGGUCCAGUUCAUUGAGCCGAGGGGCUUGAUCAACACGGGAAAUAUGUGUUAUAUGAAUUCAGUUUUGCAAGUUCUUCUUUUCUGCGGACCAUUCUACGACUUCUUAGACCAGGUCAGCAAGAAGGCUGUUCACAAGUUCAAGAGCAGCACGCCCGUCACGGACGCCAUGAUCAUGUUUAUGAGGGAGUUCCGUGUCAUUGAGUCGACGGACUCCGUUGACAAGCUCCGCAAGAAACUCAAGAACGAGCAGCUGGAACAGUAUGGCGAUUCCUUCAUCCCGGAGUUCGUAUACAAGGCUAUCCAGCCUCUUCCUGCAUUUGCGAGCAUGAGGCGCGGACACCAACAAGACGCUCAGGAGUUCCUCGGUCUGAUCCUAACCGCCAUCGGCGAAGAGUGUGCGCAAGUGAUGUCGUCUGGCGGAUCGACAAACGCUGCUCCCGAUGUACAGCCUGUCUCCUCAGCAGCCAGCGUGGCCGAGUCUCAGGAUGGCGCGGACGGAUGGUUCGAGGUCGGUUCGAGGCAGCGGGCGGUCGAGACUCGUUCUUCUGGGGCGAGCCAGACGACUCCCAUUACUCGGCUUUUCAACGGACAGUACCGGUCAGAACUUCGCCGUCCUGGCGUUAAGGAUUCCGUCAACAUGGAGCCCUUCCAGUCUCUCCAGCUGGACAUCGGGGCCCCGUACAUCAAUAACGUCCUUGAUGCUAUCAAGGGCUUGACGCUGCCUGAGAGACUCCAAGGCGAUGCUGGUCCGAUGACCAAGCAGCUUCUGAUUGAGACGCUUCCUCCCAUUCUAAUUCUUCAUCUCAAGCGCUUCAAGUUCGACACCGAGGGAACUACCAAGAUUGGAAAGAAGGUCGGCUAUCCCCUCGACCUGCAGCUUCCGGCAGAGGUUCUGUCCAAAAGGCACCGUAACGCGAUCCUCGCAGAGGGCGCGGGCUUGCCAAAGUACAAGCUCAUCGGCGUCGUCUACCACCACGGAAAGCAAGCCAACGGUGGUCACUACACGGUGGAUGUCAGACGUCAAGACGAGAAUGAGUGGAUUCGUCUUGAUGAUACCGUCAUUCGUCGUGUCCGCAGCGAGGACGUGGCUGAAGCUGGCGCUGAGGAGGAGGUGAAAGAUAGCUCCCGUCAAGGAGCUUCUUCGCGGGAUGCGUCGGCUAACCGAUUUGGCGCCAUGGCUGACGAGGAUGAGGGAGAUGGCUGGAAAGAAGUCACCACCUCUGCGAAGGGCGGAGACAAGAAUGAGAAGAAGUGGAGCGCGGUCGCGAACGGCAACGGUGCCGGGACCGCGCCCAAGGGCAAGCCGGCUAAAGACAACAUCAAGGACAACAAGGUCGCCUACCUGUUGUUCUACCAGCGCGUCUGA